UUAACAAUGGUUAAAAUGACGUCAUAUUUAACGAUAACCGUAACCAGUCAAUUUUGGCCGGUUAUCGUUAUUGCUAAGUUAACAAAUGUCAAAAUCUUGUCAAAAUAAUAACCUAGUCCGUUGUUUUCUGUUGUUUUAUCAUAUUUAAGUAUAAAAAAAAUUAAAAAUGUCUUUAGUACGUGAUAUUUUAUGGGAAUCUAGUUCUUCUGACGACGAAAAUUAUAAUGAUUUACCUAAUUCUCGAAAGAAAAAAGUGUAUCAACCACGUGUUAAUCGAUUCCUAAAAUGGAAUGAGCAGGAGUUCUUGGAUAGAUUUCGGAUUUCCAAAGGUUUAGCACGAGCCCUGGCUUCUCAUUUAGCACCAUUGCUCCAAACCAGAACCAUGAAAAACUUUGCAGUUACUCCAGAGCAGCAAAUAAUAAUGGCAUUGGAAUUUUACGCAUGUGGUUCUUUUCAACGCUGCAUUGGGGAUGCUGCAGGUGUUCACAAAUCUACUGUUUGUCGAAUAAUUCAUCGAGUGAGCAGAGCUAUAGCCGGACUAAGAACAGACUGGAUUGCAAUGCCUAAAAAUAUUGAGGAAAUGGAAACUGAGGCCAAAAAAUUUUAUGAAAUAUGUGCAUUUCCUAAAGUAAUAGGAACUAUAGACUGCACACAUAUACCAAUCAAAUCGCCAGGUGGUGCAGAUGCAGAAACAUAUAGAAAUAGAAAACAGGUAUUUUCUCUUAAUGUGCAAGUAAUCACAAAUGCUGAGAUGUACAUUACAAAUAUAGUUGCUAGAUGGCCUGGAAGCUGUCACGACAGCCAUAUUUUCAACAGCAGUGUCAUUAAGGGACGCCUAGAAGAUGGAGAAUUUGAUGGUUUUUGGUUACUAGGAGACAAAGGUUAUGCCAAUAAACCAUAUUUGCUAACACCUCUACGUAAUCCUGUUACAGAAGCUGAAAAACUGUACAAUGAAAGUCAUAUUCGUACUAGAAAUAUUGUAGAACGCAGUUUUGGUUGUUGGAAAAAAAGGUUUCCUGCAGUGUCAUGGAAACUCAGAACAAAUACAGCAAGAGCCCAAUGUGCUAUAGUGGCAAUGGCUGUCCUAUAUAAUAUUUGCAAGAAAUUGAGAGACCCGAUGCCAACAUGUUACGACUCUGAUAAUGAAUCAUCAGAUUCUGAUGACAAUGACCUGACCUCUGCAUAUGUUAGCCAGCAUGACGAGCAUAAUAGGAAUAUGCUAAUAAAUACUUAUUUUGAUAGAUUACAUUAAGAUAGACUAUGUUUUAAAUGAAUAAAUAAAAAAACUUCAAAAAUAAAAA